CUGUUUUGGAAAAUCUUAGUGGUUAUUCUCCUCGUUGGGGUUGUGAUCUUUCUGUAUCAGCACUUCUCCCGUGGAACUACGCUUCGCUACUGGUACUCUAACUGUGGCUGUAUACCAGGCCAUAGGCUUUCGUUUGUUUUCAAGACAUUUGACAGACAGGUACGAUACGUACAGUUAAUCUUUGAAUAAAUAUCUCGCGGCAUGAUAAUUUUGCGGAGCAAAGAUAUUAUUGUUCGGUAUAGACGACAGCAGAACAUUAACACCGACAGAAACGUGAUAUUGCCACAUCUUUGAAGACAAUUUUCGAAUUGUUAGGUUAGUCUUAGGAGUCUCCAAAGGCAGAAAGUAGAAAACUUUUAGGUACGCUUUUUAGUGGCGGGGAUGAAAAUGUUUUCGUUUCUGAAGCGUAGUUCUCCUCUAAGUUCUAUGGUUUUCUGAGAAUAAUGUACCAUUCGGUGUCAUAGGACUGGCUAUUUCUGCACCCUCUUGGGAUCCCAAACAAAGGAAGGGAUCUGAAAAGAGCCAUUUUGGGUAACAGGCCGUUUUGAGGAUACAGUUUUGUAAUUCAUCACCUCUUAAUCCAUUAGAUUCUGAUUCUUUAUUCUCCCCCCCCCCCAGCUGCUACACAUUUUCUCUUAAAUUACGUGAGAGAAUUUGGUGUUAGAUCAAGAUAACUACUUCUACCUGAUAAGUUUGAGUGUUUUCAUUGCCUUUUUGCUGGAUAAUGUAUUGAUAUUGUUGGGAGAAGUUACAUGCUCAUCACUUCUGGGAACUAAAGGGUUAAAUGAUGGCAGAUCAGGAAUCUAAAGCUACUUUAUUCGAUGAUUAACAGUGUUAUCUACAUCUUAACUCCAUUGUUUUAGACGCCAAAGGUAAAUGGAGUAGAGUUUGAUUGGGAGAAGUUAAAAAACAAAUUGAGUUUGACAUUUGAAGCCAUGGAUCGUCAAGGUAUUUUACUACUUAAUCUUGACUAAUUCGUCCUUUAAGACUCAGAACAAUAAAAAACGAACCGGAAAUAAAAUAGAAUAGUGUAUUCUAAGGUUACAAAACAAAAAUCAUCAAAAGGGAGAUUUCUCGCAAUAGCACACAUUACAAUACCUUAAGUUGUGAUCACUGAUCACUGAGCACAGAGCACUGUUGAUAAUCCUGCUCCUUACCUAACCAUAUUUUAGGGAACGAAAAAUGAUUCACUUUAGCUCAGUUGUACCGACCUGUGCUCAGAACUUAGCCAAGUUAAGAUGACAAAGAAGUUAUAUAGAAUCUGAUUGCUCUUUUUCUGUAAUAGGAUUCAUCUGCUUUGUGAAUGUGAACCCGAAAAAAAUUAUCACAUUGCAAUAUGGAAGUCACAAAAAUGGGAUUCCCAUAGUUGAUGGAGCUUUCUAGACUAGCAGUGUUUUGAAAUGUUCUCUGUAAUACAGUUGACUUCACAGUAAGGCGAAUGUACCAUAGGAACGAUUAGCAUAAAGCUAUGGUGCUCAGAUGUGAACUUCGUAUUGGGGGCUAUCUCGCCCACUUAUCAGUCAUUCUAUGACCUUUUUGGGUAUAGCAAAAGCUAGAAAAUCGAUCUUUCUGACAAAAGGUGCCUUGCAGUCCACGUUUUUCUAAAUAGACACACGUGUUCCCGAGGGUGAAGCGAGAGGAAGAGUCAAGUUGUUAUUCUUAAACAAUUUUAAGUCUUCCUUAAUCAGGAUGGAUGGGGAAGGAAACUCUUUCUAUAUUCAAAGUAAUCGCUGCACUGAUUCAUUUCCUUUCCUCUUUUCUUUAAGGAAUGCACUACUACCUCAACAUAGACCGCUGUGCUUACGGAGGCGUUGUUCAAGUGGCCUCUUGGUUAGAUAACAUUCCUCAAGUAAGAGGUCCAGAGAUCUUUGCGGUAAACUCUGAGUACACUCAAGUGUACUAUCACGACGACGGCGAGUGGCAUCCCUAUAUAAGUGCAAGAGACAUCCGUUAUACUACCGAACAUAGAUAG